CUGGAGAAGUCAUGUACGAAGUUUUCUCUAUGCUAGUAAAGACGAAAAAAUAACUUGUUGUUCGGUUUCUGUAAAGUAGUACUGUAGUUCUUGCAGAAGUUGUUCGUUUGGAUACAAUAUGGGGGGAUAACCACUCGUCCUUCUCAUCUACCUGAUCAGUAUCACAUAUGCACCUUAUUUUCCUCGAUCUCAACCAUAUUCGUUUCCUUAGUGGUUAAAAUAAUCGGACGUCUUGAAAUUUCAUGCAACUUUUUCUAUACUUGUAUAAGGUGCGGCAACCUGAACUUGAGUCGCACCAUAUGAGUUCGUAUCCCAAUGUUUCUUCCUGACUAUGUUUAUCCUUUAUAUUCAUCUAGUGUCCGUAUUUGUGAUACUUUUUCCAGACACCCAGGCUAUCUGGCCAGACAUUCAUCAUUCUGAGGAAUUGCAAUGUUUUCUGAAAGAAAUUAAAUGGUCUAAUAAAUUUCGUAUUUGUAGUUCAGGGGUAAAGUUGGAAUCAGGUGGAUGAUGUAAUACUUCCUGGGUAUUAACACUAAAGGGUAUCGGGUGACUAGCACUUUUCACAUAGAUAGUGAUCGGUUUUACAUUAUAUCACUAAUCGGUCUUAUAUCAGCCUCUUGUUCACUUGCAGCAUUACUAUGACACUUAUAUUUGUAAGUUGUAUAUCCAAAAUAUUUUUUAGAAAAGGCGCAUAUUAAAACAGACCAAAAAGGGUUGAAUUACUAUUUUACGUAUUCACAGUAAAGAACCCGUCUUAGUUUAUCUAGUUAGCAGCAGAAAAAUAAACAAGUGGUCUGUUCACAGUAAAGCCUACGAAAUACUUCCAACAAUACUGACAGAUUUUCUAGUUAUGUGAUACACAUAUAUACCCUUAGGUUUUGAACAAAAUGCGGGGACUUAUGCAACAAUACGAUGAACGGUUCUAGCGGAGACACGUUAUCAGUGUUCGAAGUUAAGAUUACAGUAUCUGAUGUGAAUAGGAAGAAUUCUUGAAGCCUACACAAAUAUAUAUUUAUGUAAUGUCGACUGUCUACGUAGAUCGUGGGAUGGCCUGGUGUACAGUGGUUGGUGGCUUUGUUGCCAACGUUCUGUUAGGUGGUUUAGGCAAAUCUUAUAGUUUGGUUAUGGAAGCGUUUCAAGAAGUAUUUGAAUGUGGUUCUGCCUACUUGUUUUUAGCUGGUGGUUUAAUCUAUACACUUAUGUAUUGUCUGUCUCUCGUUAACCACUUAAUUUCAAAACGAUAUGGUAGUCGACCUGUUGUGAUGGUUGGUGCUUUUGGCUCUUGUAUAAGUUUAUUAAUUGCAUCAUGUUCACCUAAUCUUGCACUUUGGGUUGUUGCUGUUGGUUUUGGAAUAGGCGCAUCCUUGUCAUGCAUUUAUUUCACAGUGUUCGCUGUUGUUGGAUGUUGUUUCAAACGAUAUUUAGGUUUAGCAAAUGGAAUUAGUGUUGCCGGUGUUAGUGUUGGUCAAAUGGUAUUUCCUUCAUUGAUCACUACUUUGAAUACUACUUAUGGUGCUAGAGGUGGAGGAGUAAUUAUGGCUGCAAUUUGUUUACAUUUGUUAAUCACAGCUGCAUUAAUGCCUCGUCAUAUCAUUGAUCCAGAUGCACCUGUUGUGCCAACAGAAAAAGUUGAAACAGGCAAAUCAAAACGGAAAUCUUGCAAGUCACAAUCAAAAUCCAAGGAAGACAGACAAUUAAUGGCUUCAGAAGAUCUAUUGAAUGUUGAUAAACAGUCGACAGCCAUUGAUUCAGACAAGAAGUUACAAAGUCCCGUAGAUGAGUUCUUCUCGAAAUUAGACAAUCAAAGAGAUGUAGUACACUCAGUGAAUGCUAUUAUUCAUUCUUCGUCUACAUUAUCAUUGUCCCGUGUAUCUGUUCUAUCAUUAUCAACUCGUCAUGUAAAAUAUCUUACUCGUGGUUUACUUAUUGUUUAUAUAGUUGGUAAAACAUUUGGUGACGUUGGUGAUGUCAGUGUAUCUUUUAUAGCACCAGUAUUUGGAACUGAACUAGCCUUAAGUCCUACCAUAAUCAACAGAGCUAUAGCUGUUGCUGGUGUCGGUGACUUAAUCACACGUGUGGGAGUUGGUUGGCUUACGGAUAGACCAGCAUGUGUCGGUCGUCGUGGCUUAUUGUUAGCUGUUACAUGGAUCGUAGAAGGUUUAAAUGCCUUUGCAUUUGCUGAACUUAACCGAUUAUAUGGAAAACAUGCUGUAUGUCAACUUGGAUGGAUGCAUAUAUGUGCCUUGUCCUACGUUGUAGCUUUCAGUCAGUCAGUCAGUAACAACGUAUAACUUCGUACGUACGUACGUACAUUAUAGCUGACUAACUGAUUGACCGAUAUUUAGAACAUUUUAUCAUUUAUUAACAUUAGUUAAUUAAAAAAUUUCAACUUUUAACAACGAAUUUAUUAAUUUUCUCUUUAAUUUAUACCUACUUGAUUGAUCAUUCAACUUUUUUAUUUUCAAAUUGAUUUAAGUAAUAAUUCAACAAACAUCCUCUAAAAACCAACCUCCUUUUUUUAUGUUUCAUUUUUAUCAUACAACUAUGUUAAUCAAAUAAUAAUCAUUAUAAAGAAAGUAUCAUGUUAUCUGUGUGUGUGUGUGUGUGUGUGUGAAGUACAAUCUCAAUCCUACUAUAAUUGGAAUAUCAUUUGCCAAAUUAUUUCAGUAAUACAGAUCAUUGAUCAGUUUUUUUGAUUGAAACAAUAGGUGACUUGUAUCAAUUAUAUUUUCGUUACAAAAAAACAAGCGUCUAAAAUAAAAGUUUGUACACAUUUGGUCUUAAUCAAUGUAGCUAUAAAACAAAUGGAUGAUGUGGUUACUAAUAGAAUCUCAAAAAUACUCGAAAAGUCUCUAAAGUAGUUUGGGAUUACUGAAUAAGGAAUACUGAAUUUAAACUUAUGGUAUCAUGUAAAUAUAACAAAUUGAUUGAUAAAUUAGUGAGAUCUUCACUGACUAGGGUGGUUUUGUCAUAUUGAAGUUAUCUACACAUGAUGUUCACAUAUCAAUAAAGAUUGAUAAAAGCUUAGUCCUGAAUAUUAUCAGUCAGAUUAAUUUAAAUCCCUACGUAUAGUGAAACGUCAUUGCUAAGCAAAAAAUGUUCAGAGUAAAUGUCAACUGCUAAACAUUUAGAAAUCGAAAUAGCAGUCAGCUAACACCGAAGUCAGAAUCUUCAAUGUAUACGUCAAAAAUGUUCUAUUGUAUGGAGAACUAUCGCAACCAUCAUCAAGAGAGUACAAAUAUUUAUAAACAAUUGUCUACGCAAGAUACUCCAUGUUCUUUGACCGAAAACUAUCAUCAAUAGACUACUGUAGGAGAAAACAAAUCAGGUUCCAUCUGAAGAGGAAAUUAAGAAAAGACGUUGGGGGUGAAUAGGCCUAACUUGGAAUCCUUAUGGGAAGAGGAAAGAAGGAAGACUAAAGAAAACAUUGCGUCGGGAAUUGGUAAUGGACAUCAAAAGAAUCAAUAGCAAUUGGAAAGAACUGGAAAGGAUUCCCCAAGUUAGAGUUUGUUGGGAAAUCCUGUUGGGUGGUCUAUGCUCCUCCUCGAGGGGUAACAGGCGUAAAUAAGUAAGUAAGUAAUUUAUUGGGUCACUUAGCCGAAAUUGGAUCAUAAAAAUAACUGAAGAAGUUGAUUUCAACACUCAUAUCUCACAAUAUUAUUUAUCAAUUACGAACUUUUCAUAAUAAAUGCCCUGGUACGGCCGAGAGUGGAAAGUCCGCUCUCCCUCUCAAAAUGCUCUCAUAUGGUCACGUGUAUAUAGCCUCUGCCAGGGAAGUCCUACUCACUGCCUUCUCGUGGAAGGGGUGUUGUUUACGAAAAUGUGAGGACGAAAAGCGGAUUUCCGGCGCUUUAAUCGGAUCCAAACCAAUGGUGCACAUGGGCUCCAGUAUCCUGUGGGAAAAAAUGGUGUAUGAAACAAUCAUUGGUCACCGGCUACCAUGGGACUGCAUCUCCUUAGGAUGCUCGACUGCCUUGUGGGCCAAACCUUUAGGUCAAAGGCUCGGGGUGUGUUCCUCUAAGAAAACCACCUGUUUCUGUUUGGGCACCCAUGCAGUAUCACAGCCCUCACACAUAUCAAAUGAGAUCUGUGUGGCGCAUAUGUAUUUGAUGCCUCCUUGUAUCAAUAUCUGUGUUAAAACAAAAUAAAUCUUAGUUUAAAUCGUUAUUGUUACAUACUUAUAUACAGUACAAACUACAUUACACUUAAUUUCGUUUUGAACCUAGUGAAACUAUUAAAAUUGUCUGGUUUAUUUCACAAUUUUAGAUCUACAAGAACAUUCCGAUAACAUUCCAUAAUUGUUUGUUUUUUUUCUUAAAUUUUAAGUCUUAGACUAGUCUAUGGAAACGGCGAAAUAAACUAGUAUUCCAUAAUUAAACACUAUAAUGAAAUGAUAAACUAAAAUGUUCGCUCAAUAUGUUUACACUUAUAAAUCAUUAUCAGUAGUUCAACAUUAACACUGAACUGAUAAUAUUAAUAUUGAUUAUUUCUUGCAUGUUACAUAUUCACAUCCUCUAAUUUUUAACACAAUCAAUUGCUAUACCCUAUGUAAAAAUGGAUUUCAAUUGAUUAAGUGAUUAAUUCACGUCUAUAUUUACACACAUCUAUCUGUCCAAAUAUAAUAAUAAUAAUAAUAAUAAUAAUAAUAAUAAU